GAUUGUGUGUGUAAAACACUCCGUCGUGGCUGAAGCAUAGAAGUCAGGCGUAGAAGAAAAGCAAGGGCUGGACACUGGGGUGUGUUGUUCCUAAAGUGGUCGUGGAGGAAGGAUGGCACAGAACCAGAAGGCGUGGGUACAGAGGAGAUGCCAGCACCCAAAGUGAAGGGCAAGCUAGACUCAAAGGAUGAAGGCAUUGGCGGUCACGGAGGAUGGAUGUCAGCAGGCUGAAUCGGGGUAGAUGGGGCGGGAGGAAUCCAGCCAGCCCCGUGGGGAGAAAAAGUCCAACCUCCGCAGGCGUUCCGGGCAGCCGGGCGGACCUCCCAGACUUGGGCUGGGGCGGGCACCGACGGAGCGGCCCUGCCCACACCGCGGCUCCCCUAGACAGGCCAGCUCGAGAUGCGGCGGCUGCUGCUGCUCGUGCCCCUGCUGCUGGCCCCGGCGCCUGGGUCCUCGGUUCCCAAGGUGAAGCAGCAGAGCGACAGCUGGGGCUCCUGGGGUAACUGGAGCCCCUGCAGCCGGACCUGUGGAGGGGGCAUCAGCUUCCGGGAGCGCCCCUGCCACUCCCAGAGGAGAGAUGGGGUCUCUGGCUGCGUGGGCCCCACGCGGAGCCACCGCACCUGCCGCACUGAGAGCUGCCCGGAAGGCGCCCGAGACUUCCGGGCGGAGCAGUGCUCAGAGUUCGACGGCCAGGAGUUCCAGGGGCGGCGGUACAAGUGGCUGCCCUACUAUGCGGCCCCAAACAAAUGUGAACUGAACUGCAUUCCCAAGGGGGAGAGCUUCUACUAUAAGCACAGGGAGGCUGUCGUAGACGGGACACCCUGUGAGCCUGGCAAAAGGGACAUCUGUGUGGAUGGCAGCUGCCGGGUUGUCGGCUGUGACCAUAACCUGGACUCGUCAAAGCAGGAGGACAAGUGUCUGCAGUGUGGGGGUGAUGGCACCACCUGCUACCCCGUCACAGGUGUCUUUGAUGCCAAUGACCUCAGCAGAGGCUACAACCAGAUCCUCAUAGUUCCCAUGGGGGCCACCAGCAUCCGCAUCGAGGAGGCGGCUGCCAGCAGGAAUUUCCUGGCGGUGAAGAGCGUGCAUGGUGACUACUACCUCAACGGGCACUGGACCAUCGAGGGCGCCCGGGCCCUGCCCGUGGCCAGCACCGUCCUGCACUAUGAGCGGGGAGCUGAGGGGGACCUGGUGCCUGAGCGGCUCCAUGCCCGUGGCCCCACCUCGGAGCCCCUGGUCAUUGAGCUCAUCAGCCAGGAGCCCAACCCCGGUGUCCGCUUUGAGUACCACCUGCCCCUGAGCGCUCCCCGGCCCGGCUUCAGCUGGAGCCACGGCUCCUGGGGUGACUGCAGCGCCGAGUGUGGUGGAGGUGAGGGCAACCGCCUGGUGUUCUGCACCAUUGACAACGAGGCCUAUCCUGACCACAUGUGCCAGCACCAGCCACGGCCAGCUGACCGCCGCCCCUGCAGCCCUCAGCCCUGCCCACACACCAAGCGCUGGAAGACAGGGCCCUGGACGCCCUGCUCAGCCUCCUGUGGGGGUGGCUCCCAGUCCCGCUCUGUCUUCUGCAUCUCAUCUGACGGGGCCGGCGUUCAGGAGGCCACGGAGGAUGCUGAGUGUGCAGGCCUGCCUGGGAAGCCCCCUACCACGCAGGCCUGCAACAUGCAGCGCUGCGCAGUCUGGAGAACGGAGCCCUGGGGAGAGUGCUCUGUCAGCUGCGGUGCCGGGGUCCGGAGGCGGAGUGUCACCUGCCAGGGUGACGAGGGGUCUCUGCUCCAUGCCACAGAAUGCUCCUUGGGGGACCGUCCCCCCCUCACUGAGCCCUGUGUGCGUGACGACUGUCCCCCUCUCAGUGACCAGGCCUGGCAUGUAGGCGCCUGGGGUCUAUGCUCCCAGAGCUGCAGCUCGGGCACUCGGAGGCGCCAGGUCAUCUGCGCCACAGGGCCGCCCAGCCACUGCAGGAGCCUGCAGUGGUCGAAGCCUGCGGAUGUGGAGCCCUGUAACACGCAGCCCUGCCAUCUUCCUCCAGAGGUCCCCAGCAUCCAGGAUGCGCACACCAGCCCCAGGGACCCCUGGAUGUCUCUGGGCCCUCGAGAGGCCCCCGCCUCAGAUUUCAGAGGCCAGAGGUGGGCACCCCGGGAGCAGCCGUCAGCUCGGGGUAACCCCAGAGGAGACCAGAGUCCACACCUGUUGGCCCGGGGCCCAGCCCCAUCUCUGCAGCACCCCUCGUACCGGCAGCCCCUGUGGUCGGGCUCAGGGCCCCAGGACUGCAGACACAGCCCCCACGGGUGCUGCCCUGAUGGCCACACCACGUCUCUUGGGCCGCAGUGGCAAGGCUGCCCUGGGGCCUCAUGUCAUCAGAGCAGGUUUGGGUGCUGCCCUGACGGGGUGUCUGUGGCUGAGGGGCCCCAUCAAGCUGGCUGCUCGAGGUCUUAUGGACGUGACAACACCGGGAGCAGGCCAGGGUCAAGAGCAGUGGCUUCCACAGCCCCCAAAGCCCGCCAGCCCCAGGCCCAGCAGAAUGAGCCCAGUGAGUGUCGGGCUUCCCAGUUCGGCUGUUGCUAUGACAAUGUGGCCUCUGCGGCCGGCCCUCUUGGGGAAGGCUGUGUGGGCCAGCCCAGCUACGCAUACCCUGUGCGGUGCCUGCUGCCCAGCGCCCACGGCUCCUGCACAGACUGGGCUGCCCGCUGGUACUUCAUUGCCUCUGUGGGCCAGUGUAAUCGGUUCUGGUACGGCGGCUGCCAUGGCAACGCCAAUAACUUCGCCUCGGAGGAGGCGUGCAUGAAUAGCUGCCGAGGACCUCAGCAUGGACCCCGCCGAUCUGGGCCUGGGGCCUCUGGCCAGAGCAUCCACAGAGAUGGCGGUGGCAGUGGUCCUGGGGGCCAGCAGGAGGCCGGCCGGCAUGGGACGGGGCCCAAGGUCCAAAGGAAGCCCUUGCCUUCUGGUGGCCCCUGGUGGCGAGACCGAGAAUCGGGGCUGGGGGCCGUGGACCACAGACAGGCCUUUGGAGAAUGGCACCAGGGCCAGGAGCUUGGGCCCAGUGCCCCCGGACUGGGCAGCGACACAAGACGACACGUGCCACCUUCCCACAGCAACUCCUACAGGAUUGCCCUGGUGGGCUCGGAGUCCUCCCUGGUGCAGGCAGCCCUGGGGCAGGUGGUGCGGCUCUUCUGCCCUGAUGACACCUCCUUGGACACCAGGUGGCAGAAGGAUGGGCGGCCUGUCUCCUCUGACAGGCACAAGUUGCAGCCUGAUGGCUCCCUGGUCAUCAGCCCCCUGCGGGCGGAGGAUGCUGGCAUCUACAGCUGUGGCAGCACCAGGCCAGACCGUGACUCUGGGAAGAUCCGGCUUCGCAUCACAGGGGAUGACAUGGCCGUGCUGUCUGAGGCUGAGACAAGGCACUUCCCUCAGACGAGGGACCCCAGCCUGGAGGGGGAUGCUGGGAGCCUGGGGGCCGUCUCCUCCUCGCACCCACAGCCCACGACCAGGCUGCGUCUGGAUCGGAACCAGCCUCGGGUAGUGGAUGCCCAUCCAGGCCAGCGGACUCGGCUGACCUGUCGCGCUGAGGGCUUCCCACCUGCAGCCAUUGAGUGGCAGAGAGACGGGCAGCCCCUUUCUUCUCCCAGACACCAAGUGCAGCCCGAUGGCUCUCUGGUCAUCAGCCAUGUGGCUGUGGAAGACGGCGGCUUCUACACCUGUGUCGCAUUCAAUGGGCAGGACCGAGACCAGCGUUGGGUCCAGCUCAGAGUUCUGGGGGAGCUGACCAUCACAGGCCUGCCCUCUACGAUGACGGUGCCAGAAGGUGACACGGCCAGGCUGCUGUGUGUGGUGGCAGGAGAAAGUGUGAACAUCAGAUGGUCCAGGAACGGGCUGCCGGUGUGGGCCGAUGGCCACCGUGUCCACCAGUCCCCAGAUGGCACACUGCUCAUCCACAACCUGCAGGCCAGGGACGCGGGCUCCUACACAUGCAGCGCCUACCGUGGAAACCAAGCUGUCAGCCGCAGCACCGAGGUGAAGGUGGUCCCGCCGGCACUGGCCACCCAGCCGAAGGACCCCAGUAGGGACUGCGUCGACCAGCCAGAGCUGGCCAACUGCGACUUGAUCCUGCAGGCCCAGCUCUGCGGCAAUGAAUACUACUCCAGCUUCUGCUGUGCCAGCUGCUCUCGUUUCCAGCCUCCCGCUCAGCCCAUCUGGCAGCGAGGACGAAGGCUUGCUGCAGCCCCAGUUCCGAGACAACGUCUAGGGCUAGGAGCGCGGGAGACCGGCUCUCGCUCUCCCCCGUCUGGCUGGCAGAGGCAGUUAUCCUCCUGAUAACUGGCCUGUCCAAAGCUGCUCCAGCUGUUGGGCAGUCCUCAGCAGGGUCUGCUUCCCUGACUUAAUAACCAUAGCUGCCUGCUGAGUUGUCAAGAAUCUAUUUGGAUAAUUUCCCUCCAGAAUUUCAGUUAUAUAGAAUCAAUUCACUGUGUUUGAAAGCAAACCAGGGUUCUCACUUCAUUUAUAAAGCUAGGUGGUGGUGGGGUUUAAUGAUCUCAAAGUUAAUUCCUAUCUCAUACAGGAACACUAGCUCCUGUUGUGUCAAAGAAGCAUUCUUUGCUAGACUAGAUCUCAUGUGGGGUCCAAAGAGCAAUUCAUUGCUCAAUCUCUCCCGGCCUUCUAGGUAGUACAGCAACCAGCUUCCAAUCUCACCUGUGCGGCACCAUUACCAGCUUGGUGGGUGUGAAAGCUCUUGGCAAAGGGGA